CCGAUUGGAAGCGCCUCAGAAACAGGAUGAAAAACACUCAAGGUAGAAAGACUCCAAGAAAUAAGGGAAGUCGUCAAUCUGCUAAGGAGAAGGCAGCCAAGAGAAAAUGUCCCAGUUGUUGCUUCAAAUGUCUUCCGAUCAUCAGUGGAUUAAUUCUCUUCAUAUUGAUAGCAGGAUCCAUUACACUGAUUCGUGGUGUUCUUGAGGUCCCAGUGAUCAUCAAUGGCUUUGCUCCCAAUCGCCGUUUGAGUACAGUAGCCACAACGAUCCUGAGCAGCACCAGCCAAACACUCAACUUCUCCACCAGUGCCAGUAAUGACACAAGUGCAACAAACACAUCUGAUUCAAAUAACUACAGCCCAAAUGCCAGAUGCUACUUUGUGGGAGAGAUGGAGGUAAAAGAGAAUAUCUCCAUUGAACUCAACAGUGAUCCCAGCUCAGAAGAAUAUUUGAGGAUUACAGAAGGUGUAGAGAAGAUGAUAAAUGGUACAUACAAAACUUCAGCAUUCAACACGGUGUAUAUAACUACUAAAGUCAUUGGAAUAAGUCCUGUCUACUCUGCUAUCCGGUUCUGGAUGCACCUCGAGUGCAGUGUGAGAUUCCGUACAGAGGAAAUUACAGCAGUCUUUCAGAAAGCAGAGGGGACCAUCAAUUUUCCCAACAACCAGCAGCUGAAGGUUCAACUCAACACCAUGAUUAUAUGGUGUGAGAACAGCAUGCCAAGAUGUUCCAGUGGAUACUGCAUUAAUAAAAACAAUGGAUUUUGUGAUGGCAUUGAAGAUUGCUGGAAUGGAGAAGAUGAAGCAGUUUGUGAAGGCCAUUCAACCACCCUGAACACACAUCAGCAGUGUACAGCGGGCAUGAUGGUAUGUGCAGAUGACAACUGUUUAAAUAAAGACAGCGGCUUCUGCGAUGGUGAUUCUGAUUGUUCUGAUGGAAGUGACGAAUGGAAUUGUGAUUGUGAAAUAUCCCGUGCAACUGAUUGCUCGUCAGUAGUGACCCUCACCGGAAGAAAGUAUAGAAAUCCUUGCCAAGGCUCUCUUAUCUCCAACAAGUGGGUGCUGACCACUGAAAGCUGUGCUGAAGACAGUUCCUUCCAGUAUAUUUGUGCUGGCUCUCCCAAGCUGACAAAAUACAGGAUUGAAUCACGUUACACUCUGGACAGUACAGGUGAAGGUAUUGCUCUCCUGCUUCUGGACUCCCCGGUGGCAUUCAACGGCUUUCAGCCAAUUCCUCUGCCCAGCCCUAUGAAUCAAACGGAAACAGCUCAAACCAGCUGCAAAGUCACAGGCCUGUGGAACACCACACGUCAAGGUGAAUGGUAUGUGAUUGCUUCUGAUGAACAACGGAUCGUAGUACAUGAAGUUUUUCAACAUCUCAGAAACUGUCAGGUCCAAAGAGGCAGCCCUUUAGUGUGUCUUGAAGCAAAUGAGACCUGGGUCCUCACAGCAGUCAGAGGUGGAUGUUCGAGACUUCAGAACAAUUAUAGAAGAAUCAAUGAUGUCUUGUCAAAAAUAAAAGAAAAAAUUGAUCCCCCUCCUGCUGUAGAUAAUGACAAAUGACUGUGCAUCUGUGCAUAUGUUGUCACACCCUCACCAUAUAGACACAUUCCAAGGCUCCUGGAUUACUGGUCCAGUAACUUAGCCACAGCUUGUCACUGGGCUAGCAAUCCAGAGUUUGUCUCCUGCCCUGGGAUUCAAUAAGCACUAAUUCUAUACUGUUCCAGUUCUAUUCCACAUCCCACGCAAUAUCUACAUAUUGUAUCUGAGUGCUUGUAUCUGUGUGUAAGUAUGGUUACAUCAGUGUCUGGGUAAUGUUGCUAAGGAGAGCAGUGAACUGUAGUUUUUCACACUGGAUGGAAGUGUUCCUUGGAGUAGGGAAGAACUCAAUGCAAAUUUGUAAUCUGGAUUUGUUGGUUUGAAGCAUAGCAUCAAAGUUUUCAGAAAGCAUAAAUUUUGUAAAUGUAAGAAGUGACAAGGAGGAUGGACACGUGUGACAGAUGAAACUGUAAGCAGAAAAGUGCGAGUGAUUGUCCUAAUGUACCAUACCUUUCUAUCUGUCAGUUCUCUAUGUGUGCAUAUGUGGAUAAUGCACAAAGGAGACAGUCUGUGAGAGCAAAUAAUCGAAUCCAUCAAAUCAGUUGGAAAAGGAGGAAAACUGUCAUAAAAACAAUUUGUAGCAAGUACGUUAUAUGUUGAUUGCACUUCCCAUUCUAACAGGAAGUGGUACACCACACUUCCUAUUACACUUAUUUAUUCUUAAUAAACUUGGAUGUAAUUCUUAAGUUAUUCUUUAUCAAUUUUAUGCUGUUGAUAAGGCAUUGCUAACACUGCAGAGGUUGUAAAUUAAAAGUAAAUCUUGUGAAGACAUGAAUGUGAUAGGGGAAAUCUACUUUAACAGCUCUGUGCAUGCCAGGAGCAUUGGGAAGGCUGUAAAAUCUCAUCCCACCAACGCAAGUUGGGAAAGCCCCAUCCCAACAACUGGAAUUUGCAAUAUCAGAAUCAGAAUCAGGUUUAUUAUCACCGGCAUGUGACGUGAAAUUUGUUAACUUAGCAGCAGCAGUUCAAUGCAAUAUAGAAGGAAAAAAAAACAAAAACAAAGAAAAACAAUAAAAUAAUAAGUAAAUCAAUUACAGUAUACAUAUAUUGAAUAGAUUAAAAAUUGUACAAAAAAACAGAAAUAAUAUAUAUUUUAAAAAUGUGGUAUUGUCCAAGGGUUCAAUGUCUAUUUAGGAAUCGGAUGGCAGAGGGAAAGGAGCUGUUCCUGAAUUGCUGAGUGUGUGCCUUCAGGCUUCUGUACCUCCUACCUGAUGGUAACAGUGAGAAAAGUGCAUGCCCUGGGAGCUGGAGGUCCUUAAUAAUGGAUGCUGCCUUUCUGAGACGCCACUCAUAGAAACAUAGAAAACCUACAGCACAAUACAGGUCCUUUGGCCCUCAAAGCUGUGCCAAACAUGUCCUUACCUGAGAAAUUACCUGGGGUUACCCAUAGCCCUCUAUUUUUCUCAGCUCCAUAUACCUGUCCAGGAGUCUCUUAAAAGACCCUAUUGUAUCCGCCUCCACCACCGUCGCCGGCAGCCCUUUCCACACACUCACCAUUCUGCAUAGAAAACUUACCUCUGAUAUCUCCUUGAAGAUGUCCUAGGUAUGCUGUGGGCCAGUACCCAAGAUGGAACCGACUAAAUCCACAACCCCUCCUGGUCCUGGCCCCCCCCCCCCAUACCAGACAGCCCAUCAGAAUGCUCUCCACGGCACUUCCAAAAGCAUAUACCAUGCAGUCAGGGAGAACACGAGGAAAUAUCCCUUUAUAUCCUGAGGAUUUGCAUCAAUAUUCAUUUGUAAAUUAAGUUUUGUUAAAAGAUUGAACCCAGUUUAAAAACAGAUAAUGAGAUUGCACACUCAAAUCUUUUCUGUGUGUACUGUAUGAUGGGGUGGGUGUAACAUUUUCAACAUGAAUAAGCAAAACUAGCUAUAACAGAUCAAUGCUUAUGUCACAGUGCUGCACUUGAUGUUUUUGCUUCUGCAAUGACUGCGUACAAAAUGGUAGAGCUGUGUGAUAUUUAUUAA